AUGGAGCCCUACAGCAAGUUCAAAAUUUUCAAUAUCGCCACAGUCUUCUUCGCCAUGUGCAUCUCUCUCGCCACCAGCUCUCCCACUCCUGGCUCUGUGGAUGCAUGGGCGACAAUCGGUACAUCUGAAGACUACUCCCACUUCACUAGCCUCGAAGACAUACCAAAGGGCAUAUCUGCCCGUGAUGACGACUGGAGAGAAGGCGACAUCGGCGCAGGUUUCAAUGAGGGUAUGUUCCAGGGCUGGGUGUAUUGCCGCAAGAACCCUGUCCCUACACAAUGCACAUUUACGAUCUUCGACACCGAAGCACCUGAUAUGCGAGAUCCUAAAAUCUGGCUCUUCGAUAGCAAUUGCAACGUGCUUGCCCAGGAUCUUGCAGCGCCGCGAGCCCUGUUGGAAGAUGCAGAGGGCUACACACUCCGACAACGGCCCUUAAACGUACACUAUAACAGGAAGGAUAUCUGGAAAACUCGCGAUAUUCAUUGGACUUAUAAUGGAAAGGUCACUGAUCCUGCCAACCCUACGUGGGAGUUCUAUAAUAAUGGGAGACUGGGGUACAGCCAUCUGUAUGGAGCAGGGUGGGACGAUAUCACCUGGAAUAUGUUUCGAUGGGCAUUUGGAUGUUAG